AGUACCCAUUAGCAACUCAAUAUUCCCUUCAACACAAGCCAGCUUGCCACAUCCAGCAAGAAGAAUGGAGGAAAGCACCAGUGGAGGGUUUCUGAGCGUAAACACCUCAGCCUCGGGACUGGAGGUCACAACAACAAAUCCAAUGGACAAGACCAUCCCUGGAAGCUUCAACAGCAGGACCCUGAUCCCAAACGUGGCGAUCGUCCUCUUCGGGCUGGUUGGGCUUACGGGAAACGCCGUUGUGUUCUGGCUCCUGGGCUUCCGCUUGCGCAGGAACGCCUUCUCGGUCUACAUCCUGAACCUGGCCUUGGCUGACUUUCUCUUCCUCCUGUGUCACGAGAUAGACUCGGUGCUGCUGCUCUUCAGGUUUUCCUACCCCAACAUUAUCUUCCUCCCCUGCUUCAACACUGUGAUGAUGUUUCCCUACAUCGCGGGCCUGAGCAUGCUCAGCACCAUUAGCACGGAGCGCUGCCUCUCCGUGGUGUGCCCCAUCUGGUACCGCAUCCACCGCCCCAAGCACACCUCGGCUGUCGUGUGCGCCCUGAUUUGGGUCGUGUCUGGGCUGAUCAGCAUCCUCAACAGGUUUUACUGCGGCUUCUUGGAUACCAAAUAUGAGGGUGAGAAGCAGUGUCUGGCAUCCAAUUUUUUCACUGCCGCAUGCCUGAUUUUCUUGUUCGUGGUCCUCUUCCUGUCCAGCCUGGCCCUGCUGGCCAGGUUAUUUUGUGGAGCUGGACGGAUGAAGCUCACCAGGUUGUAUGCAACCAUUCUGCUCACCGUGCUGGUCUUCCUGCUCUGCGGCCUGCCUUUUGGCAUCCACUGGUUCCUGUUAAUCUGGAUUAAGAUUGAUUACGGCGUCUUUGCCUAUGGUCUCUAUCUGGGAUCACUUGUCCUGACUGCUGUCAACAGCUGUGCCAACCCCAUCAUUUACUUCUUCGUCGGCUCCUUCAGACAUCAGCUGAAGCACCAGACCCUCAGGUCGGUUCUGCAGAGGGCUCUGCAGGACACCCCCGAGGGGGAUGAAAAUGGAAGCAGCGUCCCUCAGGAGACUGUGGAUAUGUCGAGCAGCAGAGUAGAGCCCUGAGGAAGAGCCUGGACCCCAGAUGUGGCUUUGGAGCGAGCACUGCCUGCCACGCUUGACAGCCGUCCACUCUUCUCUCACACUAGUGACCUGAAAUGCCCCGGUGAUUCACCACCGUCUUCAACAGAUUGCAUUCACCUGGGUUCUCUUCUUUCCUCAGUAAAA